AUGGCAAUAGAUCUAAUUGUAGAUCCCCAAAUUCGGGUUUGGGUAUUUCUACCCAUCGUAUUAAUCACAUUUCUAGUGGGAAUCUUAAGACACUACGUUUCACUGCUUCUCGCAAGCCAAAAGAAAGUUGAAACUCAACAACUUCAAGACAGUCAGUUAAUACUUCGAUCGAGAUACCUACGUGAAAACGCCAAAUACAUCCCCAAAGCAGCUUUCCUCGCCCGAAGACAAGCAUUCAAUAGGGAAGAAGAUGGCUAUCUAACACAAAAAAGGCCAGCAGUAACUCAAAACAUGAUGACUGAUCCAUCAAUGAUGACUGAAAUGGUAAAAGGAAACUUGACCAACGUUUUACCAAUGAUUGUUGUUGGAGGUUGGAUCAAUUGGAUGUUCUCUGGAUUUAUUACAACCAAAGUCCCAUUCCCAUUAACUCUAAGAUUCAAAUUGAUGUUACAAAGAGGCAUUGAAUUAUCCCAUUUGGAUGCUUCGUGGGUUUCAUCGGCCUCAUGGUACUUUUUAAAUGUUUUCGGUUUGAGAAGUAUUUAUACUUUAGUGUUGGGAGAAAAUAAUGCUGCUGAUCAAUCCAGGCAAAUGCAAGACCAAAUGUCUGGGGCUGCGAUGGCGAUGCCUCAAGAUCCGAAAGUUGCCUUCAAAGCCGAAUGGGAAGCUUUGGAAAUUGUCGAUCAUCAGUGGGCACUUGCUGAUGUUGAAAGUAAACUUAUUGGGGAAGAAAAACUCAAAAGCGAUUAG